UUCGUUCAUUCUUUCUUUGUUCGUCGGCCAGCGUGGAAGUCAAAGUUGGUUCGUUCCAGUAAUUAUUAAAAAAAAGUAUUAUAGAAUUUAGAAAGAAAAAAAUAAAUUUAUUAAAUAUGGAAGCAAAAACUGAAGGAUUAAAUGGUAAUCCAUUACCGCAACGUAAUAAGGGUGGCAAUCAAAAGAAUCAAAACCAAAAGCAACAGCCCCAUGCCCACCAGCAGCCCCACCAAAACCAGCAGCAACCCCAAAAGCAAGAUCAAGAAAAGCAAAUGCAGCAGCAAGAACCAAUCGAUGUCGAUGCUCCUCCAGUUGAGAAAAAACCUCGCUUUGGUAAUCAAAACCAACAAGGUGGUGGAGGAAACUUUAAUCAAGGUGGAAAUUUCAAUAAUCAAGGUAACCAAGGCCCUGGUAAUAAUAAUCGCGGUGGCGGCGGUGGAGGAGGUGGUGGCAAUUUUGGCAAUAAUAAUGGCGGAGGUGGUGGUGGAGGCGGCGGUGGACGUAGAAGCAGAGAUCGUCGCAGAAACUUUGGUGGAAGAAAUGAGCAAAACAAUGAUAACAAAAACAAUCAGUCACGAGAUGAUAACAGAGGAAGCAUGGGAGGCGGCGGCGGUGGUAUGGGAGGCGGUAAUAUGGGUGGCGGUGGAAAUAAAGAUAAUAUGAUGCAAAACAACCGCAACAGCAUGAAUAAUGACAGACGUAGCGGUGGUGGUCGUGGAUUUGGUGGUAACCAAGGUGGUGGCGGCGGAGGCGGUGGUCGCAACGAAGACUUCUUCAUUGGACAACGUUUGAGAAGCAUCACUGGCCCUACCCACGAAUUGCCACCAAUUGAGUGUGAAGAAUCUAAGUUUUCGGGUCGUAAUCGACUUUACAUUGGAAAUUUGACAAGUGACAUUAAUGAAGAAGAAUUACGUGAACUGUUCAAGCCUUAUGGCGAGAUUGGAGAAGUUUUCUCCAAUCCAGAAAAGAAUUUUGCAUUCUUAAAAUUGGAUUAUCAUCCAAAUGCCGAAAAAGCAAAGCGUGGUUUAGACGGAACAAUGCGCAAAGGUCGUACACUUCGUGUUCGCUUUGCACCCAACGCCACCAUCCUUCGUGUAAAGAACUUGAGUCCAUUUGUUUCUAAUGAAUUGCUAUAUAGAUCAUUUGAAAUUUUCGGACCAGUUGAAAAGGCCAAUAUUAUUGUUGAUGAUCGCGGAAAACACACUGGUGAGGGUAUCAUUGAAUUUGCCAAGAAAUCUUCGGCAAAUGCAGCACUUCGUCUAUGCGGCGAUAAAUGUUUCUUCUUAACGGCAUCACUUCGACCAUGUGUUGUAGAGCCAUUUGAGAUAAAUGAGGACCCAGAUGGUCUCCCAGACAAGUCAAUGAAUAAAAAAACACAAGAAUACAAUCAUGAACGUGGCGUUGGACCAAGAUUUGCAGAAGUUGAUUCAUUUGAGCACGAGUAUGGAACAAGAUGGAAGCAGUUAUACGAAUUGUUCAAAUCAAAACAAGAUGCAUUGAAACGCGAACUUAAAAUGGAAGAAGAUAAAUUGGAGGCCCAAAUGGAAUAUGCACGUUAUGAACACGAGACUGAAAUGCUUCGUCAAGAAUUGCGCAAACGUGAACAAGAUAACGAGCGCAAAAAGAUGGAAUGGGAAAACCGUGAAAAGCAAGCUGAAGAAUUCAAAAUUCGAGAAGAAGAAAACGCACGUCGUCAACAAAAUGACAUGCAAUCUCGAAUGUUGCGUCAAGAAGAAGAAAUGCGUCGUCGCCAACAAGAGAAUACAUUAUUCAUGCAAGCUCAACAGUUGAAUUCACUGUUGGAUCAACAAGAAGGUAAACAAGGUGGCCCAGGAAAUGUCGGUAGUGGACCUGGUGGUAAUGGCAACGGACCAAAUUUUGAUAACUUUGACAAUGCCAACCAAAACAACAGCCCCUUUGACUUUAGAGAUGCAUUAUCCGCCUUUGCUGGUGGAAAUAACCAAGGCAAUGCAGUUGGUGGUGGUGCUGGUUUAGGACCAAAUAACCAACAGGAACAAUUCAAUCCAUUCGAAUUUGGUAAUAAUCAACAAAAUCAGAACCAAGGAGGUGGUCCAACUAAUCAGCGAGGCAAUAACGGAGGCGGAAAUAAUAAUAACAAUAAACCAUGGGAACGCAGAAGACGUUUUUAAACAAAUUAUCUUAACUAAAACAUAAUCGUAUUAUAUCAUCUUUAAACACACUGCUCUUAAAGGAAAUAAUGAUGAGUUUAUCAUUAACUAAAGUAUUGCAACAAUUCCUAUCUUGAAGAAAAAAAGAUAAUUGCAAAUUAGAUAACAUUUUUAGGCAAGAAUGAUAAAUAACAAAUCAUUCAUUUUAGUAAUUCAUUCAAUUUUAAACAUCUUAUACUUACUUGACUUAAAUUAAUUCAUUUCUCAUUAUAAAUAAAAUAUUAGUAUGAUUAAGUCGAUAAAAAUAAAGGAAUCUUAAGCUUUGUAAACCUCACCAAUUAAAAAACAAUUGUAUUCGCAUAUUAAGUGGGACAUUCAAUAUAUGUUUAAUGUGUAUUUACAAAUAACUACUGUCUUUUUUUCUUAAACAAAAAAUAGGCCCUCAGUAUGAAUAGCGAAUCGAACUAGAUAUUUUCGUAUUAUGAAUAGCGAUCAAAGCUUGUUUCGUAAAAAUUAAGUUUCAAGUAUCGAAAUGAUAGUAAAUUUAUUUACCGCGGUAUUAUGAAUAGGGAAUAUUUACACUUUCAUAUUUAAACGCUCCCAUUCGGUGGAACAUUCGAUUCGCUAUUGAUAAUGAGGCCCAUUCAAAACUUGAAGAAUUGUUCUUGUUUGAAAAAAUUUGCAUGAGUGAUUUUGAAAUUGGAAUAUGUACUUUUUGAAUUUUUCUUUAUUUUAUUUUGCACGAUAUGUGAACUUUAUUUAUGAUAGGAGAUGUAGUUACGAAAGAGUGUUUUAUUUUAGAAGGGUGUAUAUGGAUAUUCAACUUUGAAAAAUCUUAGUUAACAAACUUCAAAAAAUACAAAAUAUAAAUGUGGUUCUAUAAUAGCAUUAGCAUUUGUCCGUUUUGAAGGGUUGAUUUUGUGGUAAAUUAUGCCUUUCAAGCAUUAGUAUAUUAAAAAGGAAUUUUAUACUCAAUUUAAGGGCGAUUCCAUGGUAACAAAAAUAAUGUCCAUGAAUGGAACAUUCUUUUACUUUUAUAUAAUAGAGUAAAACAAUUUUUUUAUUUUAACCAUUAACUAAAAAUAAACAAAAGUCUGUUGGUAACUCACGUUACAAUAAUCGGACACGAGUUUUAAGAGAUGUCCAUGAAUGGAGCAUUCUAUUACUUUUAUAAUGGGCCCUAUCGUGAAUCUCCAGGGGAACUUUGUUUCCCUCGGAAUUUUUUAUGCGAUCCUGAAUCUACCUCAUAUUCGUUCCCAUAUUUAAAACAUGGGAAAUAUUCCCAGAGAAAUUUUUAUUCACGAUAGCCCCCAAUAAAGUAAAACAAUUUUUUUUAAUUUUAACCAUUAACAAAGAAAAAAUAAAAGUCUGUUAGAGUAACUCACGUUACAAUAAUCGUGAAUACAUCACGUUCAUGUGGAAUUCUUCUAUGGUUUCCAAGCUUAUUUAAAAUUACUUAUACUCCAUGAAUCAAAUUUCUAGCCAUAAGGGUAUAUAAUAAAGAAUCCUUUCUUGUAAAUAGUGAUUUGCUAUUGGAAAAAGUAAAAAGUCUACAUACAUUUCAUGUACACAUUUCGUGUGCACUUUUUCAUGGAAUUACACUUUAGUAUAAUGGGACUAAUUCACUUAACUUUUUUUUCUGGUGAUACGUUUUCAAUUCAAAAAACGAGUUUUCAUCAUCAUAAACAUAAACGAAUGCACGCCAAAGUCUUCUGUGAACGAAUAAGUUAAAAGUAAAGAGUGUUUCGUUUGCAAUUGCUUACAUUUAUUUGCUUGUGAAUACAAAAAUUACAAAAAAUGUACACAAUAACAAAAUUAAUAUUUAUCGCUUUUAAAUAUUAAUUUUUUAAAUUAAUAUUUUUAUUUUAUAACAAUUUUACCAAAAUAGAGUUUUUUUUUGUUGGACAUCUAAUUAAAAACAAAAUAAAAAUUUGUAUUUAACCUUAGUAUGUACAUAUUUCUGUAUUUUAAGAUAUCAUUAUCUUAAAAUUCUUUCAAAAGCCUCUUUGCUUCUGAACCUCACGGCAUCAUCGCUCUAUGGAUUCGUUAUCUUGCUGAAUCUUCCAAAAACGAAUUUCACCCGAAGGGAGUUCACAUUUUCCGCUUAACUGUUUUGUUUGCUCUUCGCAAAAAUUUAAGUGAGAUCUUUUCUUUGUUGUCCACUACCUCGCUUAUACCUGGAAAAAAGUUAAAAAUACAAGGAGUUUUACGAACGUGAACAGCUUUUCCCCCGAAACUUACAAUAGAUGAAAAGCAAAAUUCGAUUUUCCGGGUGGAAUUUUGCUCACAAAAAACUCACAAUAGAACUGAAUAUAUCUUGUCAAAAUUCCAUCCGUUGGGUUGGGUUUAGCUUCUGUUUUUUUAUCGCCAGCUGCGUGUUGUUUCUUCUAAUACAUAAUAUCGAGCCUUUUCCGCCAAAUUAUAGUAAGCGACAUGGCCCUUACGACGUUUUUGUUUACAGAAAAACCUUAAUAAUCUUUUGUUUUUAAACUUAUUGCAGACAAUUUUGAUGUGAAUCUUUUCUUUAGCAUUAAUUGAUUUAAUUAUUACAAAAAGUUGUAUCUUAUUCGUUCUUAAUGUUGGAAAAAUACAAUUAUAUGCUGUCCAUAAUUCAUAAUUUAAUUUGGCGGGAAGGGUCGAUAUACUACUACUGGAGCUAGACGAAAAUAACAACAGUACAUAUUUCCAUAUUUAUUGCGACAGGUUCGUAAAUGCAGCCAUUGUGUUUGGACACAGCCCAUCAACGAUAGGGAAACAUAAAAAAAAAACUGUUGUAUUAUUUUGAAAAUGGUCCAAAAUCCUGCUAUUUAAAAAUACUAAAGUUCGUAAAAUGAAUAUAAUUGCUUUUAUUAAUAUUAAAAAAAUUACCGUUCACUUUUACAAUACUUAAUUAUUAAAUUAUUUUGCUUGUUUGUUAAGUUUGUGGAAUUAGACCAGUUUCAAAAUGACCAGGUAAUAAAAGUACUUUGUCAUUUUUCUUGAUUCUGUAAUAUUUUUGUAAUUUCAAUUGAACAGUUGUAUUGUAUGUACGUAAUUUUUUUUUUUUUUGUGUUUAUUAUUUAUUUUUUAUUAUUAUUGUCAGUUAAAAAAAAGAAACUUGAUUAAGAGUUACGUUAGUUCUUUUCUUCACUGAAGUUGCAGUUGAAUGCAGAAAACUUGAUUAAUUCAUAUGAAAAAAAACUUUCUCCGCUCACAACAAUAAAAAAAAAAUUAAUUUGCAACUGGAAAAAUGCUUCGGAUGUUAAGAUGUUGAGAAAUUUUCUUAUGAAAGUAAAUACCAACCUUUUGAACUAUUUAACACCAAAUAAUGUACUUGAUUAUUUUCUAUUGCAUUUGGUAAGUAUAAAACUAACGGUACGACCUAGGUUUUAUUGAGUAAAGAAUAGAACUUGGGUCGUACCGUUGAAAUAAAAAAAAAUAUAGAAUCGGUUUUAAUUUUUUAAUUAAUGCCUGAUUUACAACAUUUCGAGAUGGCGAGACAAGAGCGAGACGAGAUUUUUUUUGGGUCAUUUAUUUUUUUGGGUAAUUGUUUAUUUUUGACAGGAAAUAUAAGAAUGUGUGUGAAAAGAAGGAAGUUAAUUGACGAAAUAUCAAUUUCACUCUCACAACGCCUUCGUCUCGUCGUCUUGCAAUAUUGUGAAUCAAGCAUAAGACCCGAUUUUUGUGAAAAAAUUGAGCUAUAAUAUAUAAUGUAGUUUGAAAGAAAAAAAAAAAACGAUUAAGAUCAUUGUGAUCAUUGGUUAAAAUCAUUUCUUUUUUUUAUUUUUAAUUUGUCUAUUAUCAGGGCCAGUUUUUCAGUGCUGAGUUAACGCAGAGUAACUUAAUCCAGUAAACAAGAAGCAAAAUUUCAAAUGAAGAUUGAUUCCUAAAACGCUGGAUUGUACAAUAUUUGAAAUAUAUUUUUCACUUGGUUCAGAGUUAACCCUGGGUUAAACUUUGACCCUCCACUGAGAAACUGGCCCUAAUCAACUAAUAAGCCUUAACUACUAUUUAAACAUAUUUCCCGUAAAAGAAAACUGUCAAAAUAAUGUAGACAACUUGAAUUAUGGUUUUUCACAAAUCAAUUGCGCUAGUUAGAAAAAAAUAUAUUUUAAUUUUUUCAAAAAGUGGCCAAUGAAGUCAAGUCUACACAAUUUGGAAAAUAAAAAAAGCAUACAAAUUAACAUUUAGGAAAUUAAAAUAAAUUCAAUUAGAACAAUAAGGUUCAAUAAUGUAUUGGUUUUUCAAUUGAACUUGGCAACCGAUGGUCAUGCGAGAUAAUAUAAUCCGUUGGUGUUGUUCUAUAUUUCACAAACUGGAUUGUCACGUGGGUGGUAAUGUUUUGAAGAUUGUUUACAUUAGAAAAUGGGUAUAUCAUCUGAACAACCACUGGGAUUUUUAAGAACUUGUCUUUGUGUUUAUCUUCUCUAAAUUGUAUUUGAUAAACCUCAGUUUAAAUUAAAUAACAACUAUGAAUACGCCUCAAUGAGCUUGGGAAUCGCAUAAGGCAAUUUUAGAAAGCGCUGAAAUGAAAAAAAUAUUGUGUGAAGCUGAAAUUAAUACGUUUUUCAUUUGACCCAAUGAAAUAUUAUGCAGAAGAAAAUUAGGGGAAAAUUAAACAACUUAUUUAUACUGAUCAAGAGUGAAAAAACACAUCAAUUUGUAUCAUACGAUUUUACUUAAUUAAACAUGUUAGUUGUUAAAAGCUUAUUUAAACCUUAGAUUUUGGUCCUGAUGAUUUCGUUUAAAAGAAAAAUAUAAUUCCAUGUUUAUAAAUUAUGGGGGUUAUCGUUAAUAAAAUUUUCUUGGAAAUGUUUCCGUUGUUUCAAACAUGGAAACGUAAAAAUUUACUUUUGAAUGUAGUUUUCUUAUCUGUUGUCGAAUCUGACACGAAGAGAUUUUGUUUUCAAAAAAAAACCUUCAAGUUGUGUGAAAAAAUUGUAGUGGAAAUUAUGUUUAGCAAACUUUUCAGCAUGUUCGUUUAUUUUUCAAUUGCUUCAUUUUAUUCUAUUAAUAUGUAAAAAACACAAUGUUCUUUUGGCAGUCAAACAAAAGUUUGGGAUCGCGUUCUUUUUUGGGGGAGACAAACAUUUUAUGUGACUUUGCUUUACAAAUAAACUUGCCGACUUAA